UAAAUACAAAAAGUUUCAAGUAUCUCUUUACAGUUUCAUCCUGCUGUUUCCAAGAGAAAAAAACAGAAUGAAACUUCUAGCUUUCUUCGCAGCUGUUCUGUUGACAGUCAAUGCUUCUACUGACAAGGACCAAUGGGUGGCAUUCAAGCAAACCCAUGGCAAAACCUACAAAAGUCUUCUAGAGGAAAGGACUAGAUUCGGAAUAUUCCAGAACAAUCUGCGAACAAUCGAAGAACACAAUGCCAAAUACGAAAGAGGAGAAGAAACCUACUACUUGGGAGUUAACCAUUUUGCUGACAUGACACAAGAAGAAUUCUCGCAUAUGCUUGGAUUGCAGAAUGGAGAAAGACCAAAUUUGAACGCCUCUCUUCACGUUUUUACCGAAAAUUUAGAAGUGCCUGAAUCCAUCGACUGGGUCAAAAAUGGAGCAGUUUUGGGUGUAAAAUUCCAGGGAACAUGUGGAUCUUGCUGGGCAUUCAGCGCUACCGGUUCACUGGAAGGACAAAACGCUAUCAUCAAUAAAGUGAAGAUUCCGUUGAGCGAGCAGCAGUUGCUCGAUUGCUCCACUAGUUAUGGAAAUGGCGAUUGUAUUGAUGGUGGUUUUAUAACUAAUGCUUUCGAUUACAUCAAGGACUAUGGAAUCGAGGCAGAAAAUUCAUACCCUUACAAGAAAGAACAGUCCACUUGUCAAUUCAAUAGCGAAAAUAGUGUCCUCAAAAUCAAGGGAUAUAAAAAAUUGCAAUCAGAUGAAUCAGAACUCAAAAGCGCAGUAGGUACCAUAGGCCCCAUAUCAGUUGGAAUUCAGGCAGAUUCUUUACGAUUUUAUGGCGGAGGUAUCUUCAACGGCAGGUGUUUAGGUCAAUUGAAUCACGCUGUUCUUGCUGUUGGAUAUAAUGCAGAAAACGGGAAGAAGUUCUGGAAGGUAAAGAACUCCUGGGGCAGCAAAUGGGGAGAAAAUGGGUAUAUCAGGAUCGCAAGAGAUGCUUCCAAUAAAUGCAGUAUUGCGUCUUUAGCUUCCUUCCCACUUCUCUAGUGAUACUGAGGUUUCAUAAUUUCUAAACGUACUGAUUCCUACUUACUUUAUAUAUCUAUUAAUGUUUUUGUAUCAAUUUUCAAGAAAGCAUGAAACUUUUUUGAAUUGUUUGCCAGUAACAUCUGCAGCUGAAUAUGUUCACUCGAAUUCACUAUAUUUUCAGCCCAUAUAAAGAUAAUGAAGGUCUUUAUUAUAUGUUCAACAGGAAUUUCUACAAAAUAAAUAGGUCAUCAAUCAAA